AUGAGGACACCAAACAGAGGUGUCUUCAGGCAGGAACAGGUGUUCACCAUCUCUCCACACAGCGUCAAAGUGAACGCCGGAGAGGACGUCUUCCUCGAGUGUGUCAUCCAAAACCAACAGGGUAAAGCACAGUGGACAAAAGAUGGUUUUGCAUUAGGUUUCGAGCGCGACGUCCCAGGUUACCCUCGCCACUCCUACUCGGGGGACCCGAGCAAGGGGCAGCACCAUCUGGUCAUCAAGGGCGCCACCUUGGACGACGACGGCGAGUACCAGUGCCAAGUGGGUCCCACUACUGACACCAGUGCCUUGGCGGCCUCUGCUAACGUCACUGUUAUGGUGGCUCCAACCAGCCUGAACAUCAUCAGGGGCGCCGACAGCAGCGUCGUGCAGGGCACAGAGGGUCACAACCUGUACCUGCAGUGCCUCGUCAACGGCGCCAGACCCGCCCCCUCCAUAGCUUGGUACCGCAAUGGUCUCAUGUUGGAUGACAGACCUCCAACACGGAGAGGGCUGACCACAUAUCCCCCGAGACGAAGAGAUGGAGCGUCAGGAGUCGUCUCUUGGUGGUGCCAAGUGUCCAAGACGACGGUCAACAGUACACCUGUCGCGCCCUCCAUCCCACGCUCGCCAGACCCUCCCAAGGCCCCAGUCAUCACGGGACACACACCAGGCCACAUUCUGAAGGAGGGCGAACUCCUGUCCCUAUCCUGCCGAUCCACGGGCGGGAACCCACGCCCGCAACUCUUCUGGUACAGAGACGGGCGUUUACUGCAGCACCCGAAUAUCAACCCACUCGUCGAAGGCCGCCUCCGAAGACGGAGGAGAGGCGGAAGCCGCCUUCGGUGGGCGGUGACGGGGGAGGACGACGGCGCCCAUUACGAAUGCAGAGCCCAGAACGAAGUCUCGGGCGGUCUCCUGCUUGCGGAUGACGUCACGCUCAGCGUUCUCUACAGACCGUCACGGGUCGAAAUAACGGGUCCGUCCGUCGCAACGGCUGGUCGGGAGUUCGUCCUCAAGUGUGUCACUUCAAAGGCCAAACCGGUCGCCUCCAUCACCUGGAUGGUUCAUGGAGUCAAGGUGGCCCCAGUAUCCUUUGUGGUCAGCGAGGCUGAUGGUGGAGGCUGGGUGACCUCUUCUGACCUCAAGUAUCACCUAGAAAGGUCAAUGAAGCUGUCGGAGAUCAAGGUGGAGUGCCAAGCGAGGAAUGGUGUCAGCGAAGAAGCCGUCACUGAGACCAGGGUCAUCAGCAUCAUGAAGCCCCCCGGGCAUCCCUUACUGAAGAUAGAGGGCAUGGAAGACUUGGUGGCAGGAGGGCGACUGAUCGUCUUCUGCACCAGCGAGGGAGGCAACCCAAAUCCGGGUAUCACGUGGAAUUUACAAAGACCGAAGGAAACUGAUAUCCUAUGUCAUUCAAGAGGGAACCGUCUCCAAAGCGAGGGCGUCGUUUGAGGUCACUGCUUCGGACAACGGGGUCAAGGUGACCUGUGAGGUCAGCAACCCUGCCCUCAAAACGCCCCUCGUGACUUCCACCAAGAUAAGACUGAAAUUCGCGCCGGGGGAGGUCAGCGGAUGGGUGAGGCCGAGCGAGGUCGAGGCAGGUAGCACGGCGACCUUGGUGUGCGAGUCUUCGUCGAGUCUCCCGGAAUCGGCUCUUUCCUGGCGCUCAGGGACCCUGACGCUGCAGGGGCCACUUCGACGUAUACCCAGGGGCUCUACGGCGGCUCAGU